UACAGUCCCACAGUUCUGCAUAAUUAUUCUCAUGAAAUUUUCUGUUUUCUUCGACGGAAAAAUAAGAUAAAUUUACGAAGCCGGAGAAACGUGUGAAGCAAAUGUGCAUGUUGAAAGAAAGAGGCGAUUAACCGUUGGAGUUUGAUGAAUACGGGGAAGCGAGAGCGAGAUGGAAAAUUCUAGUUGCCUGGCAACCAGCCAGCCAGCCAUCAGUUCGAUCCCAGCCAGUCAGCAGCAGCAGCUACCCCCUUGCCAAAGCGCAUAACGCGAAACGCAAGAUGGCAAGGAACCGUCAAAGUAGAACUUGCUAGUCAACUAUUCUUGGCUGUCGGUUAAAAAUUAUCAGUAAUUCAGUGUUCCAAAGUGUUAGCGCGAUUUUAUGUGUAUUGAGUGUGUACUAUAGGAGUUCAUCCGGAAGAUCUGUGACGUUGAUCUGGAACUAUUGUGUCCUUUGUGUGUCGAGAAUUCAUCGGCACGGGUUGUAUUGUUAUGGUAGCCACCAAAAUGACAGAUUGACAGAGAGUGUAUGAAUAUGGUGAAAUCUAGUAGAGUAGAUACUACAGUGAAUCUACUAAUAAAUUUCAAUGAAUUUCUACAUGCUACAUUUGUGCAUAUGUCCGAAAACAUGUAUUAUCCAACAGAGGAACGGCUGGAUUCACCCAGCCAGUCCUGACACAAAGGAUGUCUUUCCAGAUAUAAGGUUGCAAUUAAAUGAACAAUUAAAAUGUCUGGACUUAAGGAUGGAGGCGCAGGUUGCACUGGUGGCUGAGUUGCAGGACUUCUUCAGAAGACGUGCAGAGUUGGAACUAGACUACAGUAAAUCGUUGGACAAAAUGGCUAGAAGUAUACAGCUAAGACAUAAAGAACAGAAACAAAAACGAGAGCAGUGGCCCCUUUUCUCCAGCUAUGCCUGCUGGCAACAACUUGUCAAUGAAACGAAAUCGCUCAGCAGGGAUCAUGCUGCUCUUUCCGAGGUAUAUAGUUCUCACCUUGUCGGAAGGCUCAACCAAGUAAUGGAGGAUAUACAACGCAUCUACAAGCGAUGUCGAGAGAUUGGUUACGAAACGCAUGAAGAAAUUUUACGCGUCCUACAUGAAUUACACACUACUAUGAAGACGUAUCAAGCUUACCAAGCGGAGUCGCGGCAAGCUGAAACCAAGUUGCGUGUUGCUGAGCAGCAAAGAAAUAAGCUCGAGGUGGGAAAUGCAGCUCCAGAGAAGCUUGUUCGUAGCAAAAAGUACAAGCUUAUCGAGAAGGAAGUAAACAAGAGGAAGAGUAAGUACACUGAAGCAAAAUUAAAGGCGUUGAAGGCCAGAAACGAUUACAUUCUCUGUCUAGAAGCAUCCAACACAACGAUACACAAGUAUUUUGUCGACGACCUGUCUGAUCUCAUCGAUUGUAUGGACUUUGGUUUCCAUAAUUGUAUUGCAAGAGCAUUACUGAUGCAUUGUAGUGCGGAGGAAGGAAAGCAACGUUCUUUGCAAUCAGGUGCUGAACAAUUGGCCGCUUGUGUGGGUGGGUUGGAUUCCAGGGCCGACAAGCAAAGAUUCUUAGAGUCACAUCAUGCUGCAUUUAUGAUUCCUAAGAAGUUCGAAUUCCAAGGUCAUCGGGGAGAUGAGACACCCGAACCUGAAUUGCAGAAGGUGCUACACACAGAGAUGGAAAAGCGCUUGACGCAACUUCAGCAGAGAGUUACGUCACUUCGAGCUGAGUCCGAAGAAGUGUGGAAGACUUUAGAAACGGCUGAGGCUAGUCUGUUAGAGAUGCUGACAGCUAAAGAUUAUGACUGUUCCAGAUAUUUUGGCGAAAACGCCGUGCCGACAUGGAAACCUCCGGAAACACUUCAAAUAAAGUUGAGAGCUGACAGACAGGAAACUGAAGAGUUUUACCUAACGAAAUUCAGGGAAUAUCUUCUUGGGACAUCAAGAAUAGCUAGGCUGGAUGCGAAGCAAGAGUAUAUACGUCAAAGUCUAUUAGAAGAAUCGAACGCGAGCCCAAAUCUUUCAAUCGGAACAACGAAACAGAAGCAAGCGCGUAGAAAACGAAUCGGCCGCCUACAAAUGAAUGGCCAGCCGAAGCUUUUUGGUGGUUCCUUAGAAGAAUAUCUUGAGAGCACAAAUCAAGAAAUACCGUUGAUCAUGAAGAGCUGCAUUAGGGUAAUCAAUCUUUAUGGGCUUCAUCAUCAAGGUAUAUUCAGAGUCUCUGGUUCGCAAAUUGAAAUAAACAACUUUAGGGAGUGGUUCGAGAGAGGCGACGAUCCGCUCGCGGAUGUUACUGACGCUUCCGACAUAAAUAGCGUAGCUGGUGUGUUCAAGCUUUAUCUCAGAGAACUUAGAGAACCUUUAUUUCCUAUCAUAUAUUUUGAGCAUCUUAUGGAGUUGGCACAACUAGAAUCGAAACAAGAAUUUGUGGUUAAGAUGAAGGAACUCAUCUUCAGUCUUCCAAGACCAGUGGUUAUUGUGAUGCGAUAUCUGUUUGCCUUCCUGCAUCAUCUUUCAGAAUUUUCCGAUGAAAAUAUGAUGGAUCCGUACAAUUUAGCUAUCUGCUUUGGACCAACUCUAGUUCCUGUUCCGGAGGACAAGGAUCAAGUUCAGUAUCAAAAUCAAGUUAACGAACUAAUAAAGAAUAUAAUUACUUUUUGUGAAGAAAUAUUUCCUGAUGGCAUCGGCGGUAUUCUUUACGAAAAAUACAUAAGCAGGGAACCGGAUGACGUUGAUGUGGGUGAGUCUCCAACAGACCAAGCACAAGAAGAUAUGGACUCUGAGAUCUACCCUUCUGAAGAUGAAUCUGAGAAUUUAGAAGCCACGGCGCAAUUUGACUUCAUCGCCAGAUCGGAACGAGAACUCAGCUUCAAAAAAGGAGAUACGUUAAUAAUGUUCACACAAGUGAGCAAUGAUUGGUGGAGAGGCGCUCUUGCUGGAAAGGAAGGUCUAAUUCCUGAAAAAUAUAUCAUGCUUAAGAUAAAAGACGAAGAGCGUGAAAAGGAAAUGAUAAAGUCAUCAAGUGAAGAAUCAGUCAGAAGAGCGUCCAGUUCUACUGAAAAUGUUAUUUCAAGUAAUAGUACAUUGUUGUUGGGAGCCACUAAUAAUUCAAGCAUGUGGCAGUCAGUCAAUGCCUCCGACGCGUCAAUGGACUCCAGAGCAAUGCAUUCGGAUAGUGCGAAUGCUAACGGCGUUGUAUCAACAGUGAUUGCCAAUGUGCCGUGUUUCGUAUCGUCUCAACCAAUCAUCAGUCGAGAGGUAGGGAAUAUGUCAACCAGUUUAACAAAAACAGCUAACUCAGAACAAGAAAAAGAAAAGUUUAUGCAUGGAAAAAACACUGAACUGCAAUUCAAAGACAGCUCGGAUACUGGCUGUUUGUUCGGCUCAUCUGCAGUCGACAAACAGAAGCAACAAAGUGAAGCCAGCGAUGAUGAGUCUGAGCUAACUUCCUUAGUAGCGACUGUCGAUAUUAAAAGAGGUGCGGCCAGAAGACAGCACUGGAAAUCUCAAAGUGUGGGUGAAACUGCUCAGCUGGCUGAAAUCAAUUCUCUCCAAGGAAACAUUAUUUCUCCUCAGGAAGACAAUUUUCAAGAGUACACGACUUUUUCCGCUAACCGAGAACUGUGGCAGAGACGAGCUACUUCGCAGACUCAGCUAAACCCCCCCCUAACACCAAAGUCAUUCCGAGCUUCACAAGAGUUCCGAGAGAUGAGGCAUAAACACACACCUGAUCUCGUAAUGGACUUGCCUCUAUCUGAUCAGGAUUUGGGGAAGAAAUCUUCUUCAUUGAAUAGUCUCAGCAGUUCAGAUGAGGAAACCCCGAAGCAACCUGUCAGAACCGAAGCCGUAAGUUCGCCUACUGGAGAGCUUGAAUCUCCAGAUAUGAGCACGGCAGCUGAAAGAUUUGCAAAACAAAAUCAGUGUACGUUGAAAAAAAAUACCAAGACAAGUUUAGAAGACACAAAGUUUAAGCGAAUGGAAAGCACUGAAGCGGAAUCAGAAUUUGAGGCUACCGUAAUAAACCGAUCUAACAGUGCUGAUCAGAUUGCGGAAAUUAUUCCUAUACGCUCGCCCCUACCGCAAAGGGCUACUCCCAAAAUAGUAGCCAAAUUUGCUGAUAUGCACCUUACUGGUGGCAGUCAAGUGCAUAUCGGAUUAAAGACACCGGUUAAGGUGAAACCAACUAUUUUGCAAAAACCCGUUCUACCGUUUCUCCAUCCACAUAUGAAUCCAGAACAUGCAAGCCAAGUUGAGAAGCUGGCUCAAAAUGCAGACCAAGCUAAUUGAGUAAAAAAAAAUCCGUUUAAAAAUAAGUCUUUCUCUAGAUAAAAAAUAUUCGGUUCAUGGUGAAGACGUUACUUUCAAAUCAAAAGCUUUUUGCACCUUUACACUUUGUUUUACUCUUAAGACGAAAUAAAUGACAACAUAGAUGAGUUUUGUAAAAACAGUAACCUUUUGAUAUAAAAUCUAGAUAUAUUUUGAAUCUCCUUAAAUUGUCUUUUGUGUGAAAUAGUAACAAUAUCUUAUUCAAUUGUGUAAUUAUUGAAAAGAAAGAUAAAUUAAACAAAUUUUUAAGUGCGCAUGCUAAGUAUCUGCAUGCAAAAAAGAUAUAAAAAAUGUUUAAAUUUGGGCAAGUAGGAAAAUGCAAGCCUGAUAAGAUACUCAUCAUGAGUUCAAAUCCCGGUUAUUUUCCUCGGGCCGUAAGAGGCCCAUGGGGGCAAUUCAAACUUUGCCACCUCGUGACAACCAUGUAUAUACUGAUAAAUAAAUAAAUAUUUCUAAACAACUAGCGCAGGAUCAACUUGGGAGCGACUGCCAUCCAGGAAUAUGACUCGAGUUACGCGGUUUAUUACACCUGUGGCGGCGCAUUACGGCCGUAAAAUUUAUAUGUUAAGACAUGAAAAGACCCAAGCGUGACAGAUCUUUGCAACAACGUCGCAAGUCAUCCCUCCAUAUUGCUGAGACGAAUUUUUGGAUGUGAGUUUACAAACCAGUAAUGGCUUUGCAUCUUCGAGGGCAACGAUCACAAGGAAAAUCUAACCUAAUAUUCUGGGUGCUGUUACCCAACGCAAAGUCGUGAGACGUAACCAAAGAUGUGAAUUACCGCGAUUUUACUGGGAGUCAGUGUCAUUUUAAUGGACAGAAAUCGCGAUUUUUGAUGCUAUUUAUAGUUUAAAAAUCGCUCUUUCAUAUCAAGGAAGAAUAAAAUUUGUAUCUGCAAAAUUAGAAUUGUUAUUAAGUUGCAAAGUGGGGCGUGAAUCGCCUAUUUCGACGUGUGCGGACUGCCCGAGAUAUUCAAUUCCACAACUUUAGAUAUAUCUUUCCGUUCUGUUUCCAUGUGACUCAAAAGCUCAUCUGAGUCGUUGAACGCGGAAAGAGAAAAUUAAGUCGUCAGUGGAGGGGAUGGAUAACGGAGAUUGUCCCCACUCUCUGAGUGCCCCACACACACACACACACACACACACGCGCGCACACA